CCACGUUGUCCGUAGGAAACGGAGGUGCUGCAGAGUUGAUAGCACGAACAGAGUGCUCGUUCCACCCAGCAGAGCGCAAUGAGAGCUGUAAUCCAGAGGGUGACUAAGGCUAGUGUUACCGUUGGAGAAGAACAGAUCAGCUCCAUUGGACGUGGUAUCUGUGUACUGUUGGGAAUAUCAGUGGAAGACACACAAAAAGAUGUUGACUAUAUGAUCAGAAAGAUUCUGAACCUCCGGAUAUUUGAGGAUGAUAGCGGUAAACACUGGUCGAAAAGUGUCAUGGAUAAGCAGUAUGAAGUGCUGUGUGUCAGCCAGUUUACCUUGCAAUGUGUCUUAAAGGGAAACAAGCCCGACUAUCACAUGGCCAUGCCUUCUGAACAAGCAGAGCCUUUUUAUAAUGACUUCCUGCAGCAAAUGAGAAAGGCCUACAAGCCAGAGCUCAUCAAAGAUGGCAAGUUUGGAGCCUAUAUGCAAGUACACAUACAAAAUGAUGGCCCUGUUACAAUAGAGUUGGAGCCCCCAGCCUCAACAGCUGACCCAAAACAUCUUGCAAAGCUUGAAAAACAGCAACAAAGAAAAGAAAAGACAAGAACCAAAGGACCCUCAGAGUCCAGCCGAGAGAAGAGUGUUCCUCGGAGUAAGGAUGAUCCCAGUGCAAGCAGUGGAGCAGAGGGCGAUGUGUCCUCUGAAAGGGAGCCGUAGAAUACACUGGAAACAUCAGGAGUCCAACAACCUGGAGAAUAUUUCCUUAGGAACCAGAGCAUUGGUGCUCUUAUGGAAUACAGCACAGUAUAUGCAAUACUUGUUGUUUGUGCUUGCUGUCUUUACAGAGACUGUACAUAUAGAAAUUUCUUAUGUCUGUUGCAGUCUUUUAGGUGUGUUAUUGCCAGUCAUGUUCAGCUAUAGUGUGUCCUCUAAAAUUUGCAGUGGCCCUUCUUUGAUUCACUUACAGACAUAUGUAUUGUAGGUAUUUCACUCAGCUAAGGACAACUGCCCUUCAUGAGGCAGCUCAGUGGACAGCAUGCUCCAGUGUCGGGCUGACUGUGGGAAGUGAUAACCGCUGAUUGCUGCUGGGGCCAACUGCAAUAACAGUUGAUUGCUGGAACCUGCCAUUGAUCAGCUAUAAACUAGCAUGUCCACACUUUCUGCAGUGGAAGUGUAACAUUAGUCCCCUUUCAGAUGAGCGAGUGUCAUGUUGCGGACUCGCAGCGCAGCACCAGUCCUUAACUUACAGCAUUGCCUGGGUCGCAUAGCAUUGUAUUGAUUUAUGAUGCUAUGUAACCCUUACAGUUCUGGAAUGUAUUGGAUAACACUGACAUAAUGCUGUCCCUGUUAUCCAAUACACUCCAGACCUCUAAAGGUUACAUAGCAUCAUAAGUCAAUAUAAUGCUAUGCAACCCCGGCAGUGCUGUAAGUUCAGGACGGGAGCUGCGCUGCGAGUCUGCAGCGUGACACUUGCUCGUCUGAACGGGGUCUUACACAGCAUCCAUUUGAGUCAAUGGACUACCAUGUCAUACAUGGUUGCACCAAGUCUUCCAGUCUUUGCAGGCGCUUUCAAUUUUGACUAAUAGAGGUGGUUCCUAAGCCCGAGACUGCACACUGUGACAUCUUUGUGCUCCAGUACAGCGUACGGUAUAGCUUGGUGAUAUCCUAAGUGGACAAUCCUUUUAAGCACCCUGUGUUGAAAUGGCUGUAACCUAUGCCUCUGUCAGCAUGAUCAACCCUAUUAAACAAUGUGUAUUGCCUGGUAGGGUUGAUCAUGUUGAUUAAAACAAUACCUUUUUUUUUGCUUGCACUGGUGUGGAGAUAUAUGGACUUUUAUAUAUAUGCAAAUGAUGUGGUUUGAGCACCGAGGGACCAGCAUAGCUCUUGGAGCACCACUACACCAUUACUGCUAUGUCCCUUGGUGCUCAGUACACCCCACCCUGUCUUUUGAUUGAAAAGGUUAGAUAGUCAAGUGUAAUGGUGCCUAUAUUGUGGGUCUCUUACUCAUCGGUGGUCCAGCAUUAUAUAUGGUGUAAAAACAGACAUUGAUGUUAGUGUGUUUCAGCAAAAUUAUGCAUUCCCCUAGGAAUGCAUGAUAUUGCUAAUGUGCUGUGGCCAGUAUGUAGGCAUUCAUGGGUGGCAGUGUAGCCUCUGCAGAAGGGAGAGAGCGCUGUGGGGGGAUAAGAGAAUACUUACUGACCUUCCAUCUCCCCAUCAACUACACUCCUCUGCUAAAGCCACCGUGACUUCACUCCUUCCGGAAGUGAAGGUGCUGGUGGCUUCACAGACAGAGGAGGAGUCCAGCAGCGGAGAGGAUGGAAAGUUCAGACCCAGUGUCUAAUCAGACGGCGCCUGUAAUCAUUUACAUAUCUGCUGAGUUCUGCAGCAAUCCGACAUUUCUAUCUGGGUGUGAUAUCUAAUUUGUCAAUGAGUGUACAUGACAUAAGCUGGCAUAGAGAAACAUCAUUUAUGGGACAUAACUAAAGGAAUAGAUCAUUUAAAAAACAAAACAGCUACGGUAAGAUAGUUAACUGCAAAUCUAUUUGUCAGUUACAAAUGGAUUGAUUUUUCCUGGAGUGCUUCUUUGAAUAAUGGCUUAAAGUCACUUAAAGGGGUUGAUAGUGUUUUUUUUUUUAAACCCCCCGAGGCAGUGGUAUCUGGGAAGAAAUCCAUACAUAUCUGGGCUGUCUUCACUGGACUUCUGUUCCCCUAUCUCUCAACUUCCGCAUGGAAGGGCGCAUCUUCCGUUGCGACUAAUGAAUGGCCUCAGCGAUGACGUGUCCCCAAGCAGAGCGUCACUGGUGGGUCACAUGCAGCUUGGGGACACAUCACCUCUCCUGUGGCUGCAGUGCCGCAUUUUCCCCCUUCCAUAUGAAAAUCAAUAGAUGUGGACUGGGAGUCACAGAGUUAGAACAGAGAGGUGAGGAGCAGGUAAGUUUGGAUUCCUUCACAGGAACCACACAAAAAAAAGGAAACCCCUUUAACUUGCCUUUUGCUAUCUAAUGUACACUGAGUGCCCAACUGAGAUCACAGUUUACAAUUCAUUUGUAUUAAUGGGUGAAUGUUGUCAUGUUCCUUCUACCAUUACUAUCAGUUUGGAGUAAUGGAAAAUUUCUAAAAGGUGCAAUGAGGAUUUACUUUAGCUCCUGCUUCUAAAAUCUUACCUAGUUUCCUACAAUUCAAGAGCUUAAUCUUGCUUUCUUUCUACCAAUCAUGAAAUCUUUAUUGCCUGCAGAUUAUAGUAUUGUGAUUCACCUUAUUAUUUGACUGUAUCGAUACUUCCAUUGCUGAAUGCAGUUAAAUAUCUACUAAGCUAGGAUUUAUUAAUAGAGAAUACGUGAUAGGUUACAACCCAAAUGAUGAGUGCUAGAAUACUUCUACGUUCGAUGUUUAACCUACAAUUAAAUUAGAUCUUUUUCCAGGGUGAUGUAGACUGCAAUAUCAUGAGGACAAGAGUUGUGUUGUGUGUUUAAUUUCAUAAUGGACUUCUGCUUUACAAUGUGUGUGUAUUUGUGCAGCUAAAGCUUGUAUGCAGCGGACUGUGUAAUAAAAUGUGUUACAU